AUGUUCUCAUACUGUGCUGUACCUCGAUUAACGAUUUCCUCUAUGCAUCGUAGAAAAAUGUCUUCCAACGUUAGAGACAAUACAUUAUCUGUAUGCACGUUUAACAUUCUCGCACCAUGUUACAAACGUUUAUCAUCUGAGCAUGAUCGUGAAAGUGCUUAUGACACAUUGUGGCAAGCACGGCAUUUAUCUAUAAUCAAAAUUCUUCAAUCGUUAGAUAUUAAUCUGAUUUGCUUACAGGAAUUUUGGUUGAAAAAUCCGUUAUUUUCUCAAUUAUACAAAUCUAAUCUGUCGUCGAAAUAUUCGUUCUAUACACUUCAACGUACUGGUGCACUCGAUGAUGGUUUAGCUAUUCUUGUCGAUUCGAGUCAUGUCCAAGUGAUGGAUAAAUGUGAUUUUAAAUUGAACGAUGUUGGAAAUCGUGUUGGAUUAUUACUUCAUUUAAGAUUUCGUGACAAAGAUUUAAUUUUGCUUAAUGUUCAUUUAACAUUUCCUCAUUACCGAUUCGAACGUCGUGUCCGAUUGAGACAAAUCAAAAAAUUUCUCGAUUUAUUAUCUGAUUAUCAACAAUCGAAAAAUCUUCUUAAUCAAUGUUCGACCAUCAUCUGUGGAGACUUCAAUUCGUCAUAUCAUCAUGAUCCCGUUUAUCAGUUGAUAGAAAAAAAUCAAUUCCUCUCCUCAUAUCGAGUUAUAAACGGAUUCGAACCGAACGUCACUCAUUUAACACAUCGAAAAGAGCAAUUGGGCGUCGAUUUUAUUUUUUACAAAUCAAAUGUUCUUCAACCGAUCUCCAGUGAAUUGAUACCGCAUGGUUGCAAUCAUUUAAUCUGGCACGAUCAAAGUGGAUGGAAACUGAGCGAUCAUCGACCUGUUCUCACUGUAUUUCAAUCUAUUGAUACAUAG